AUGGAGUGCUUCAAGAACAGUUUCGUGGAAGGACAGCUCCUUGAUGGACGCUUCCGCGCAGUUGCUCCCCUCAACCAUGGCUCCUUUGGCAUGGUGUUUUUGGCAACGGAUACCAAGACUGGCAAUGACGUUGCCAUCAAGUGUCUGCUGAAGGCCCCCACGGGUGAUUCGCCCAUCGUCAUGUCGGCCGAAUCCCGCUUCGAAGAGUUAUACUGUCACAAACGUCUCGCAUACCAUCCGAACAUCGUCAAUCUCAUCCAUUCCUUUGAGACUGACACCCAUAUGUACCUUGUUCUGGAGUAUUGUGCCAACGGCGAUCUCUACGAAGCCAUCCGGCUCAACCGUGGUCCCCUCGAGACGGAGCACGUGCGUGAAUUUAUGCUGCAGCUCCUCAGUGCAGUCGAGUUCAUGCAUGAGAACGGCUUGUAUCAUCGCGAUAUCAAACCGGAAAACAUCUUCCUGAUGCAAGACGGAUCGAUGAAGCUUGGUGACUUUGGCUUGGCCACCCGUGAGGCGUGGUGUCAGGAGGCCUGUGUCGGCAGUGAUCGCUACAUGGCUCCCGAGCAGUACGAACCCCCCAACAAUGGCUACUCCCCCGCCAAGGCCGACCUUUGGGCCGUGGGAAUUUGCUUGCUCAAUGUUCUCUUUGCUCGGAACCCUUUCGCCACGCCGACCGAGUCCGAUAUCCUCUUCGCCGACUAUGUUCGCGAUCGCCAAUCGCUCUUCGAUAUCUUCCCCAACAUGUCUCAGGAUACCUUCGAGAUUCUGCGACUGGCCUUGGCGAUUGAUCCCGAGAAGCGUUCGCUCUCCGGCAUCCGGGAUGCCGUUCUGCGGACCGUCUCCUUCACCACCGACGAUGAGGCAUUGGAUGAGUUCUGCACCGACGAGCGCGAAGUUGUUCCGGCCAGUGCCAACCGGGAACCCCUCCGGACUCCCUCCAUCCAGAGCCCGCAGGUCAACCAGGGCGACUCUUUCCCCUGGGCCAAGGCCUUACAGUCCAGCCCCCCGCAGGCCAUUCGCCAGCUGUCCGCCAUCCCCGACACCGAGAGUUAUUCCGAGGAUCUCUUCCCGCCCUCCGAGACCGCCGGUACCUCGUGGUUCUCGGUUCACCAAGGCACCCCCUCGGUCGCUUCUGUGUUGGAGUCCAGUCUGGGAGAGUCGUAUCGUUCUUCGGCCUUCCGCAAAGCGGCCCCUCGAUUCCCCCCUCCCUCCGAUCCUGUUCCGAUUACUGGGUCGUUGCCUAGCCAUGCCGCCAAGCCCUUGCCCUCCUUGUCGAUGGUCUUUGGUCGCAAGAAGGACGAGCAAAUCUCGAAGAGCUGGAGCGACCUGUGGGAUGAGGAAGAAGAAUCGGAAGGCGAGGAUACUGUUCUGCAGCAACGUCGUGAGCAGAACUCCCGCAGCUGGAGCCAUGAAAGCAGUGGACCCGAACUGUCUGGUCCGUUGACGGGCCUUCGCGAAGCUCGGGGAUCUUCUGUCUUGAACGUCCCGGCUCAGCCCCAGGGCGCUUCCGCUCCCGCUUUCUGCGACUUCUCCAAGAGGACCGCGGAGAAUAUGUCUCCGAAGUCCACUCUGCCCUUGUCGCAGAGUCCCCCGAAGAAGUCCAACAUGGAUAAGUGGGCGGCUCUCGGCGACAAGAGGAGAAACUACAAGCCGGCACCGAGCGCCUUUAUUCCCAAGAAGACAACCAACAACAUGAGUUGGCGGCGUGACUGGGGUCUUGGCUCUUCUGGGUUCGACUAUGGCUCAUGGGCCAAGAAAGAAAACCUCGCAACCCCCGAGCGUCGUCGCCGCCCCUAUCUGGAGAAGGGCUGGCGGCGCGAGUCUCCGGAGAGUCCGAAAUCGACCAAGGCGUCCAAUGGUUACGAUGGCAGCAUUGAUGAGGAUCUCGACCUCGUCGGUGGCUGGCAUGACCUGCACCUCUAG